UUCUUGAAAGUUUGGUUGAUUACUUAUUUGUUAGUGGAACAUAUUAGAUUAUGUCCAUGCUGUGGAAAAAUUUAUUGGAUGGGAGAUGUAUGUAUUAGAACCAUCAUACAAAGGGCCCAAACCGAAGCACACCCGACUGUGCCACUAUCCAACCCGAUGAUGGGUUUAUUUUCAUUUUGGAGGAUUAAGCAGGCUUUCGAGGUAAUAAUGGGAGUUGUAAAGGAUAUCGUGGGAUUAUUAGUAGCCCCCAACCUUAAUUAUCAAUAAUCUUCUAUAUCUCUGAAUUCCUGUAGUAUUUUCAAAAAAAGAGCUUUACUGACGAAACUGAUUCUGACGAAACUGCAGAUUACUCCCAAUACUAGACACACACUUAUAUUUUACCGGAUAUACGUUUUAAACUUCAUUAUCCACUGGGCGAGGGAUCUCUAUUAAAAGUACCCUCUAUUUAAGAUACACCUCAUUUAAGAUGAGUUUUUUCAGCCUAUCCUAUCUUGAAGGUCGGACUGUAUAGGAGAGAUUUGAUUUUUGAUCUUAAGAAUGUCAGCGAAGCAUAAUGUUAAAUAAGUUGCUAAAUAAGUUGUUACUUAGUUUAAUCCCUUUCUCUCUUCAUUUUUCUUCCAUCACUUUUGUCUUUUUUUUCAUCUUUUCAUCAUCUAUUCUUCUUAUCUUCACAUUACUUCCUCUCUUCAUUUUUCUUCUUUUCUUCUCUCAUUUCCCCUCACAUC